AUGAUCAGACCAUUUCUCUGCUACGCCGUAGUAUUAGUGUUAGUUGUCGAUCUAUCACAUGGCCAAGUGUUCGGAAAAGGCAAAUGUCCCACAGUGACAGUCCAAGAUAACUUUGAUUUACAAAAGUACCUCGGUGACUGGUAUGAAAUACUAAGGUUUUAUGUUGGUUUUGAGGACAAUUCCAAGUGUACAGUGGCGAACUACCAGCUGAAGGAUGACGGACAUAUCCGAGUGGACAACAAAUGUAUAUCGUUAGAUGGUGAUGGCAAGCUUAUCGAAGCGAUUGGUGACGGUUACGUUCCGGACAAGACAGAACCAGCAAAACUUCAAGUAAAAUUUGGAAAAGAUAUUCCGUAUGGUAAUUACUGGAUAUUGGAUACAGACUACAAAAACUACACACUCAUCUACUCCUGUAAGGAUGUCCUUGACCUUACCCACGUCGAAUUUUGCUGGAUCCUGUCAAGGGAGCGAACUCUGGCAGCACAAACCAAGGAAAUGCUUUAUCAGAAACUGUCUGCAUUUGGUAUAAAAACUGAAAACUUUUUGAAAACACAGCAGACCGACUGUUAA